GUAAUAAGUUUUGAUAGAUAAUAAAAAAGCAAUACUUAGUUAAUAGAAUAAAUGAAUUCUGUUGUUGGCUUCAUUGCUUUGUCCUGUUUCGUUUUAUUAUGUUUUUUAAAUAAAACAUUAGCAGUUAGUUGUGAUUAUGUUGAUGGUUAUCGAGGUUGUGCCUGUCGAAUGAGUGAAACAAAUGAAAUUAUGGGACUUGAUUUACUGAUAACAAAUGACACUCAAAAAAGAGUUCCAAGGUUUACAGCAAAAGACAAUGUUAGAUGGUUAUUUGCUUUCCAUCCUUGCGACUCAUUCAACAUGUUUUUAAAUUUAAAACCUCCGAAUGAAGCUUGUGUUAAAUCUUCUGCAGCACGGUAUACCGAUCAAUCAGUUGAUAUUUGCCAGAGCUUUGGAGAUUCUGAAUCAUCGCAAUUUUUUUUUGACAAUAAUUAUGGUGAACAUAUAACCUCGAACCUCACUUUGUCAUAUACAAAUCAAGCUAAAUCUACUAAGAUGGUGGUUUCCCUUGUUUGUAACAAAUCAGUGGAGAUUAAUGAUACUGCCUUUAAAUAUAUUAAUGUUACAGAAGGAAUUUUAGAGACCUAUUAUUUUAGUUUGACUAGCAAGUGUUGCUGUCCUGGAAUUUGUCCUGUAAUUGAAAAAACAAAAGAAAAGAUUGUAUAUUGGUAUUAUAUUGUGAUUGGUGUUGGAAUCUUACUGUUGAUAGUUAUAUCUAUUAUUGGAUACAAAGUUUAUUCAAAACAUAAAGGAUAUGAUCGUUUAUAGCUUAAAAAUUGCAAUUUAAUUUAUUAUUUUUUAUUUGUCUCUUA